AUGGCCAUGGAGAAGCAGAUGAUGACCGUGGUCCUCUACCCUUCGCUGGGCGUGGGCCAUCUUAACCCCAUGGUUGAGCUGGGCAAGGUCUUCCUGCGCCGUGGCGUGGCUGUCAUCAUCGCCGUCGUCGACUUGCCCGACGCCAUGGGCCGCCUCGCCACCGCCAACCCGGACAUCACGUUCCGUCACCUCCCAGUCCCUCCCACCUGCAAGGACAAGUACUCGCACCCUAUCAUGCGUACCAUCAAUGUGCUUCGCGUCGCCAACCCCGCGCUCCGGAGCUUCCUGCGCACGCUCCCGGCCAUCGACGCCGUCGUGGUCGACAUGUUCUGCACCGACGCCCUCGACGUCGCCGCCGAGCUCGAUAUCCCCGCCUACUUCUUCUUCACAUCCCCGCUCGGCCACCUCGCGGUCAACCUCCACCUCCCGUACAACUUCCCCGCGGUCUCGUUGAAAGACAUGCCCGAGACCGUGCUGCGCUUCCCCGGGGUGCCGCCGAUCCGCGCCAUGGACAUGGUGACUACGGUGCAGGACAGGGAGAGCGACAUUGCCAGAGCACGGCUGCACCAGUGCGCGCGCAUGCCUGAAGCGAGAGGCUUUCUCGUGAACAGCUUCGACUGGUUGGAAGCACGGGCCCUGAAAGCGCUCAGGUGUGGGCUUUGCACGCCCGGCCGCUCAACUCCGCCUGCUGUCUGCAUUGGGCCGCUGGUACCGCCCGGGAACACGGGAGGAAGCAGGGAGAGGCACGCUUGCCUUGAGUGGCUGGACACGCAGCCGAACCGGAGCGUGGUGUUGCUCAGCUUCGGCAGCAUGGGCAUCUUCUCGGAGCCGCAGUUGAGAGAGAUGGCCCGCGGGCUAGAGAGUUCUGGGCACAGGUUCUUGUGGGUCGUGCGGAACCCACCUGAGCACCAGAGCAAAUCAAUCGAGCCGGAUCUGGGGGCGUUGCUUCCGGAUGGUUUCUUGGAGCGGACUAGAGAGAAGGGCUUGGUGGUGAAGAACUGGGCGCCGCAGAUGGAGGUGCUGCGGCACGACGCCGUCGGCGCGUUCAUCACCCAUUGCGGGUGGAACUCGGCGUUGGAGGGGAUCGUGUCCGGCGUGCCGAUGAUCUGCUGGCCGCUGUACGCGGAGCAGAGGAUGAACAAGGUGCACAUGGUCGAGGAGAUGAAGGUUGGAGUGGCGGUGCAAGGCUACGAGAAGGAGCUGGUGGAGGCAGACGAAGUGGAGGCGAAGGUGAGGCUGGUGAUGGAGUCCGAUGAAGGGAAGAAGCUUAGGGAGAGGCUCGCGAUGGCAAAGAAGAUGGCCGCAGACGCUCUCAAGGAAGGUGGGUCGUCAUACAUGGCGUUCGACGAGUUCUUGGAAGGCCUGAAGAAGACCAGCCCGGAGGUGAAGGCAUAA